AAUCCCGCAGAAAAAGAGAUGUGGUGUGUGUCCGGGUUCAUCCGUGGAUUCCGUCUUUCCGGCACCUGAUCGAGAUCGAACAGAAACACGACGGAUCCAAACCAGGACAUCUGUCACUCUUGACUUGAUCGUCACACGUGGACUCGCCUCGCGAUGGAGGAGACAACGUAACUCGGAUGGGAGUGAGCAAGCUGGAUGCCUGCUUCACUACGGAGUUCCUUAUACAGACAAUCAACCCACUUUUUCUAACACUCUGGACCUGAACACUUUGACUGUCUGCGAGCUUCAAACGCGGAGCUGAGAGGAGGAACGAUUCGAUGACCUGCUGCAGGAGACGUCCAUUGUAGAAGAAGAUGGGGUCAAAGGUGUUCUUGGUUACCACGUGUUUGAGGGCCACUGCCAGUGGCCUCAGACAUGCCAGACGUGAAGCUCCCUGCACCAUGUGACUACCCCUCCUCCUCCUUGUCCAACACAGCCUCUGCCAGCUCACCUGCUGGCUGCAACCCCCCGCUGGACUUCAUCAUGGACAUAGAGUCCUGCAUCCCGGACAUCCCCUUGUCUCCUGACAACCUGUCUUCCUUUUCCCCUCACACUGCAAGUCGCUAUCCUGGGCCCAUGUUUCCAUUCAUUACCAGGUGUAACAGCAGCACACUGCUUACUCAACUGGGGCUAAGGCACUGUUCCAACAAACACGACCAGGAAGAGAUGGUGCAAGGACAAGGCAGGGGUCAGGUGUAUUGUACCCCCUUAGGAAACAACCGGCGCAGGCCUUACAGGAGUAUGGAGAACCUGAACUGGAACCAUCUAUCCGAUUCAGGGCUAUAUACUUACAUCACUGCGCCCUACAGGAGUGUAGAUAGUGAGUUGAUUUUACGCUACACCUCCACUAGCCACUGGUAUGAUGGGCCUCCUGAUGAACGAGGCUUGAUGUCCAAUCCAGAGAGCCUUGCAUACUAUCCAUGUCAUGGUCUACCCCGUAGAGAUCUGCCGCUGCUCCCUCAGGUGCUCUUCCCUGGUGCGAUGGAUGAAUGGGAAGUCAAGAAAGGCUUAAGGGAAAAACUGCGUCUCCAGAGUUCCAGGUCAGCUGUAAAUUCUUUGCCUUUGAGACCCCAGGUGACCUCUAAUGCUCCAACACUGGACCAAGAAAGAAAAUUCUUACCAGGAUCUAAGUCACUGAUCUCAGCACGUGUUAAUUGCCCUGAUGAGAUCAAGCAAGAGGUCUUGAGGCGCUUGAAACUCAGGCGACAAAAUAGCAGCCCCAACUUAGCUGUCACUGUGUCGCAUUCCAGCCCCAAGGUACUUAAGACUCCUUACAUAACUGACAGCAUUGCAUGGACAAAGGAUUUGAAUCGUUCUCAAUCUGAGGGUCAACACACUCCUGUAGGUCCCCUUUAUAUUCCAACUUUUGAAGAAUUUAAAAGGAUGAGGCAAGCAGAGAAUUCCACAACUAGCUUUGAAGCUUUUGGUCAUUCCAACACACUUCUACCUCCAUCUGACCUGGCCAGCACUCAACCAAAAGGGCCUGCGGGGGACGAAAAGAUGACAAGCAGCAGUGGUGAAGUUCUGUGCAACUGUAACACAUUCUCACCCAUCCGCACCGGCCCAUCCCCACGCUCACCUCUGCAGCCCCUGGCCAAUUCAGUUCAAGAAAAGGUGCCCCUCGCCUCUGGGGAGGAAGGUGCUGCCAGGCGUCGACGGAGCAGCCUGCAACCCACUGGAUCAGUUCCUUUCCACCCAAACAGGGAUAAAUGGGUUCGGCCCUCCAGCUGCUGCCCAGCACUUCUGAUGGAAGGAACAGACUUAUCCAGCUAUGGAGCAAAGAUCUAUAAAAUGAAGGAUGGCUUUCUGGGCUCGGCACUGGACCUCAUCAAGAAAAGCUGCAGUGCAGAGAUUUCCGUUGAGGCCCCCGUCAGGCUGUCAGGUGACCGGGACGGAGACAUCGCCACCCCCUCGGCUGACAGUCAGCCUCUCGCCGUUGCCAUGGCAACGUCGGCAACGGCCUGCAGAGCCGAGUCUGCCGACCACACGCCUGCGAGAGGAGGUGAAGGAGGAGAAGCUGGAGAAUGCCAGCAGCAGCAUCAACAGCAGCAUGCCGGACUGGGCUGCAGGCGCUCCAGCUCGGAUGCUGUGUAUGAGCCGGCCGAGACGGUGAGGGCUCAGCGGGAGUGUCGUCUCAGGCCCCACUACAGCGAUCCCAUGCCAGCCGACGCCUCCAAGCGCAAGCAGCUGGAGAUGAAGAUCGCUGCAGCCGCCCGAAACCAUGGCCAUCGGCGUGACAGAGACAGCGCUCCAGCAGCAAUCCGUGGUCGCUCAGAACCCACAGGGGAGGAGAGGCAGGUCAGCCUGGGCAUCACUCGGGCUGGUCAGCACCGGUGGAGCACCAUCAGCAGUCUGAGUGCUGACAGUGGUGUGGUGGGCCUGAGUGACGAGCGCGAAGAGGAGGACAGUGAGCCCCGCCGGCACCGCUACAGCGAUGGAGCUGAUGUAGAGCGGGUGGACAGCGGCAUCGGGCCAGGCUUGUCCCGCACUUGGAAAAGACCCUCAGCCUCCAUCAGAACGUGGGAGGUGCAAAGGUCAUGUCCAGACUGCGGUCAAAGGGACGGGGCGUCCCGAGACAGAGGAGAGAGCAUGUGUGAGCGCUGCUCGAAGCUGCGCAUCGAGCGUAAGGAAGCCAUACUGGAGUUCCUGAACACAGAGUCCAGCUAUGGGGAGGACUUGCGGAUCAUCAAGGAGGAGUUUUACUGCCCCAUGCAGAAUGCCGGACUUCUGACCACUGAGCAGCUAGCUGUUGUGUUUGGAAAUGUCCAGGAGCUUAUAGAGGUCAAUGACCGCUUUACAGACCACCUGCAGGACAGCAUUGACCAGGCUUUUGACCAGGGAGAUGAAGAUCUGCUCACGGUGGCCAUUGGAGAGAUAUUUUUGGAGUUUGUCAACAUGCUGCCCGCCUUCCAGACCUACUGCCUGCAGCAGUCAGCAUCAGUCAACAUGCUCAACACACUGGAAAAGGAAAAAGAGCUGCUGAGAAUCUUCCUUGACGUCUCCCAAAACGACAACACAGCUCUAAGGAGGAUGAAUCUACGCUCUUUCCUAAUGGCGCCACUGCAGCGCGUUACGAAAUACCCGUUGCUAUUAAGCCGAAUAAUCAAAGUCACUCCUGAAUGUCACCCUGAAUUUGCACGUCUCCGCGAAGCCAAAAGCAGAGUGGAAUCCCACCUGGAGCACAUAAACAUGAAGACCAAACAAGAGGGGAAUGGUGUCACCUGGUCACUGCGUUCAUUCCGACGUGACAGUCGCAAAAACCGCGAGGUCAUUAACAUUGAAAUGCGGGAGGUGUCAGUGAAAACUCUGGGCUGGGCGAGAGAGUCCACACGCUUCAUAAUGGAAGGACCCCUGCAGUUGUCCCAACCGGCUGACGGCCAGUGGGUGAAAAAGGGCAGCAAGGCACUCAAGUUCCAGAACGUCCAGACCCUUCUGAUGGUGCGGACCCAACGGGUGGGCGAAAGUCAUGGACAAGUGACCGAUCUAGUGGCCCGUGGAGAACCCAGGGAGGGAGGUGGUGAGAACAUCCAAGACGGAGUUCUGGUUCUGAUAAAGGACAAGAGUAGUGGAAAGUUCACAGUUCUCAGAGAGCCAAUCAACUUAGGGAACUGUGUUGUUUCCAUGGACCCGGAAUGUGAAGACACAUUCGAAGUGCUGGAUAUCCGACGGGAGUCUUUUGUUUUCCGUGCCUCUGACAAAUCACGCACUCAGCAGUGGUUCCAUCAGAUAAAGCGAUACGCUCGCGACCUGGGCUCGUGGAGGAAAAGACGCAACGCUUUGCCUAACAUCAUGAUCAACACGAGUCAGACCCGCUCCUGAAAAUGCCCUCACUGUAAAUACUCAUCCCAAAAACAUUCUUCUUGAGCCUAUGUUCCAGUUUUGUAGGUCUCAGUAGUAACAUUUCUCAGUGUCUUACCAGGACAUGAAUUCUAAAGCACUUUUUUUUUUACCAAUAUGAUGUGCAUCGACUGAAAUGAUGACAAAUUCCUUCGAGGCGUUGGUUUGUGUGGACAACCAAAAAAAUGGGCUUCUUGUUGGCCUUGAUUGUAAGGACUGUUUCCUCCUGAAGUGGAGGGCCGUGUUCUCAGUGAAGUCUGUUGGUAGCAUGACGAAACACUAUUGACUGCAAAAAUUGUAAUGAGUUUUUCUAUGUGUGUGUGGAGCGUGCUGGGAUUUAACGGGAUGUGCUGAGGAAUUUUCAUACGCUUAUGUUAGUCGUCACUGCCACCUUCCUGUCUCUGUGCUGUCCUCUCGCGUCAGGCAGUGGCUACAGUUCCUGCCAGUCUGGACUCCCUAAACAUUUUUCGAGAAUGAUCCCAUAUGAAGAGCAAUAAUCUCCCUGAUUCUCAUAUAAGUAGCAGCCUGUUAGCAUAUUCUUGCUUUCUUUGUCUGUUUUGUGUUUUUCCUGAUGAACUGCAAAGUAACAACCCAUGAUGUAACAUUUUACAUAUCAUGGGGUUAGCCCUUUUUUGAUAAACAACAUGCAUCACGUGCAAUGCAGGCUUCAAACCAGUCAACUACUAAAGGAAAACGCCACCGCUGUUCCAUUAUGACAUCUUUUCGCUCCGGGUCUUUCAGACGAGUUCAUACGUGACUCACUCGUCUUGCUGCACGCACUCAAUCGCUCUAGCGUGCAGCGCUAUUUUGUGAGCAUGUAGCAUCGCUAGUUGUUCCAAAACACACCUAAGUUAGAAGCAACCAAGGAAGAUGGAAGCAAGUUUUCCCUCUUUUUUUUAAUAUAGGUUAUUCACAGAGUUGGUCUCAAGUAUGGUUAGGAAAAAUAAAGCUUGGUCAUUUUCUAAGCUGAUAAAAAGGAGAAACGACGCUGACACCACGUCCUUUAGGCGUAAUCUUGAGGAGGUGUAGUUCUCCCUGAAAUCCGAGUGAUUUCAUCCUAGUUAAUGAAGUACAGAUGCACACGUAGAAGUACACAGUAAUGUUGGAUCCACUGGCAUACAUGGUAGUUUUAUUUUGGCCAACCAUACUCGGGUCAUAUAACUACUUGUGUAAGCUAAUUUAAAUCGGAUAACAUGUAAGUGGUUGGUCGCUUCUGUGUUUUAGAUCAGAAUGAAAACACUCGUAAUGCUACAUGCUAACUGAAUGGCGCCAUUUAGCGCACGUGCAAAGAUGAGAGCAUAUUUCAACAAGGAAUAGCGGUGCCAUGUCCCUUUGAGAUAGUUGGCAGGAAAUGUAUUUAGCUUGACUGCUUGUCCACUUGCCCAAAAGUCAUCACAGUGGCUGUGGAUGGUGCAUCCAGUUCUUAGGUUGUUAUUGUUUUCCACAACUGGUUUAUACAUUUGCAUCUGUUUAUUACCCUAAGCAGGGUUGUGGGGGCUACCCCAACUGGGGAUGACACCCUCAGUCCAGUGGUCUUCAAUGAGCCUGAUGUCUUGUCCUCGGGAGGACGAAUUCAUUAUUAAUGUCUUCUAACUUUGUAGAUUCUUAUACUGUAGUAGCUUUUGGGGAUUAUCAAACUUUCUCAGUCGACUCUUUCAUUCUGAUUUGAGACCACAUCUUCCCAGUAAUAUGGGGUUGCCUCUUAUUUCAUCUUGCACUCUAGUUCCAAUUUAGUACCAGUUUUGUCAAACGGUAGCCAAGUCUCUGGAGAGAAAGCCACCUCCAAGGAGGUGGACAUUUGCACCAUGCCUCAGAAAUGUUCACAUUGAGUAGGUCUGGCUUGUCCACGUUCCUGCAUCCACAGUGGGGAAGUCAUUUGACCAAAUGAUAACCUAUCGAAUCUGGUCGCAUUAAGAAUGUGCAGGGUUGUAUUCAACUCUGACUUAACCUAUCCCAAGGCAAUCUGAUCUCUGCAUCUGAUACUUACCUUGAGACCAAAUGAUGAUCGGACCAAAAGCUUGGUGUUAAGGCUGAUCGCUAAUGUAUCGGCAGUAAGUGCUGUAGGUUACACAGCUGUAAUAACAGUGUUUGGCAAACAAAGCUACAUGAAGUAUUUUCUGUUUACAGAGUCUGAGGUGGGCGGGGCUUCUGUUCAAUUAUCAUAAUUAAAAAGUAAUUUCACUAUUUUAGUAAACAGACCGUAAACAAAUUGAUGAAGCAUCAUAAUAUUGUGCUACACAAUCCAUCUUGGUAAAUAAUGGAUUUAAUAAGUUAAUUCAUGAUGGGAUUGAAUAUGACUCUUUCAUGAUCAUUACGAUUAUUAAAGUUUGUGUCAGCUGCAUAAAGCAUCUAGAACGAGGUGAGUAGAUGUGCCCCAAGAGCGAUGUUGAAAAUAACCGUCAAGUAAAACUUAAUAUUUAACUCCGCUUUGUUUGCCUGUGGUCAGUAUGAUGCAGACGGUUGUCUUUGAUUUCAAAUGAACCUCACUGACAUCCGAGCUGUCGUGUAGCUCAGAGCUGCAGUGCCUUUGCAUGAGGAAGUCCAGCUGAACUCACUGUGAACAACCCGUUUCAUUUCUCAAGGCUUUAAGUUUGACGCACUUUAUUUUUUUUCCUGUUCUUCGUUUCACCAAAACUGAUCUGAGCAUUUGAGACAAACCAAAAUCCUUAUUUAAGAAUGGCACUGUUCAGAAUAUUAUUUAAGGUAGCAAAAUCACUGUGUUUUGGAGGACAGAACGGCUUCCUCCACACCAACAUCUGCUGUGUUACUUACAUCUUACAUCUGUAAUAUAAUGUGAAUUAUAUUAAAAGAUUUUAAACAUUUAAGUGUGUGGUGGGGUUUGUUGGGACAACAAAAACUUACAAAUGUGUUUACUGUUUUAUGUUCAGAACAGAUGAGGAAACACAAGGAAUGUCAAUUUCACUGCAAAAAAAUACUGAAACUACAGUCAGAAGAGAAGAGGGACACAGAAAUACAACUGGAACAUCACGUGCACAACCCAACAUAACA